AUGGUUGCUGCUCGUCAUUUCUGCACAACUACUUACCACCCUUCUGCUAAUGGAAUGGUGAAGCGCGUACAUCGCCAGCUGAAAGUUGCCAUUAUGUACCACAACUCUACACAAUGGACAGAGGUACUUCCGCUCGUUCUUCUUAGUAUUCGCAGCUCUUGGAAAGAAGAUAUUCAAGCUUCGUCUGCUGAACUGGUGUAUGGCGAACCUCUUCACCUUCCUGGCGAGUUCAUAAGUCCUAAAGAAAACAACUGCACUGAAGAUUUCACCACCUUCGCCACCCGUCUACGCUCACAUAUGGCUAAGCUGACGCCAAAACCAGCUAAGUGUCAUAGAAAUGGUCCAUUUAUUUACCCAAAAGUCUAA